ACAGCAUGCAAACACUACGUAGAAAAAUGGCAUCUUGCUCAACACCACUGUUGUACCUCUGCUUACUGCUGGUGCCAUGCCUUCUUCUCUUGGAAGAAGCGCAUGCGGCACGCCAUGGAGGGAUCUUGCUGAGGUCUCAACGUAUGGCCCUCCUCCGCUGGAAAGCUACACUUGCAGGCCCACCGCUGCAGAUGAGCUCUUGGCAGGAAAACACCAGCCCGUGCAACUGGACAGGCAUCAUGUGCACGGCUGUUCGCCAUGGCCGCCGUGUACCCAGGGUGGUGACCAACAUCUCCCUGCCGGAUGCGGGCAUCCAUGGCAAAUUUGGUGAGCUCAACUUCUCGUCUCUUCCAUUCCUCUCAUAUAUUGACCUACGUAACAACAGCCUCCAUGGUGCACUGCCUACUAGUAUCAGCUCUCUGUUAGCACUUUCGGUACUUGGCCUUACCUACAACCAGCUUACAGGGAAAAUUCCUAAUGAGAUUGGUGGUCUACAAAGUCUCAUGCAGCUUGAGCUAUCAUUUAACAGAUUCACAGGACAUAUCCCUGCGUCUCUAGGCAACCUGACAAUGUUAACUUAUCUUGGCAUUCACCAAAACUUGGUAUCAGGUCCCAUUCCUGGGGAGAUUGGAAGGCUCGUCAACCUACAACUUCUACAACUAAGCAACAGUAGCUUAAGCGGCAUGAUACCAAAAACCCUUGGAAAUCUGACCAAACUAAAUACUUUGUACUUGUUUGGUAAUCAACUUUCAGGGCCUAUACCCCAAGAACUUGGCAAGCUAGUCCAUUUGCAAAGUCUUGAGCUCGAUUCAAAUGAUUUUUCAGGUCCAAUUCCAAUCUCCAUAACCAAUCUCACUAAGAUGAACACACUUUUUCUCUUUGAAAAUCAAAUCACAGGUUCAAUACCCCCAGAACUAGGCAACCUCUCUAUGUUAACCCAACUUGAUCUCUACACAAAUCAAAUAACAGGUUCGAUACCACCAGAACUAGGGAACCUCACUAUGCUAACUGAACUUUUUCUUUAUACAAAUCAAAUAACAGGUUCAAUACCCAGAGAACUAGGCAACCUCGCUAUGCUAAACAACCUUGAUCUCUCUACAAAUCAAAUCACAGGUUCAAUACCCAGAGAACUAGGGAACCUCACUAUGCUAACUGAACUUUUUCUUUAUACAAAUCAAAUAACAGGUUCAAUACCCAGAGAACUAGGCAACCUCGCUAUGCUAAACAGCCUUGCUCUCUCUAGAAAUCAAAUCACAGGUUCAAUACCCAGAGAACUAGGCAACCUCACUAUGCUAACUGAACUUUUUCUUUAUAAAAAUCAAAUAACAGGUUCAAUACCCAGAGAACUAGGCAACCUCGCUAUGCUAAACAACCUUGCUCUCUCUAGAAAUCAAAUCACAGGUUCAAUACCCAGAGAACUAGGCAACCUCGCUAUGCUAAACAACCUUGCUCUCUCUAGAAAUCAAAUCACAGGUUCAAUACCCAGAGAACUAGGCAACCUCACUAUGCUGAAUAAACUUUAUCUCUACAGCAAUAAAAUCACGGGUCCUAUACCUUUAGAAUUGGGCAUCCUGUUGAAUCUUCAAGAAUUAUACUUGUCUGACAACCAAAUAACCGGUUCCAUUCCCUAAGAGAUUGGUGAUCUGAUGAAGCUCCAAUAUUUAGGCUUGUAUCAGAACCAAAUUUCAGGGUCAAUACCAAAAACUUUUGGGAAGCUGCAAAGCAUCCAAAAACUUCAAACCUUUUAUAACAACUUAUCAGGUUCUCUUCCUCAAGAAUUUGGAGAUCUAAUAAACCUUG